AUGAAGAACAAAAGCGGUCGUCCCAGGAAAUCAGCUCUCAACGAAGCCGCUGCUGGCAACAAGAAUGGUCGUCGCAGGCAGAAUGUAAGUGUGCCUGGUGUUUGUACACAACAUAAGGUUCAUCCUCAAAAGGCUGAUUAUUUGUUGUUUCAGCUAAAAGCUACUCGCAACGAAGCCGCUGCUAGCAACGCAAGCGAAGACAGGCUUAGCAAGCUGCCCAAUGACCUUCUGCUCAACAUUCUGGAGAGGGUGGACACACUCGAUGCCAUAAGGACCUGCAUUCUCUCCAAGCAACUGCUGAAGCUUCCUACCAUGCUCUCACGCUUCUACCUAACUUUCAGCCGCAAGCAAGUGUUCAGAACCAACCGUGCUGUGGCUCAUGUAGCGGAUAACAUCUUGAGCACAAGGAGCCCGAAGGUUACCAUCAGCGAACUCAAAAUCAGAUUUGUCUUAUUGCCUGAUGUCUCCCUAACCAUUGGAAGAUUUGUUGCCCGUGCCAUGGCAACCCAGAAGGUUGGCACAGCUGAGUUUGAGAUUGUAACGAAAAAGCGUCAUGACCUCUGCUCUUCUGAUGACCUCCUCCAGUUUGGGAAGCAGUUGAAUGAUUUAUUUGGUGCUUGUCCGCGUGCAUUUGCUGGCCUUACGAGUCUGUGGCUGCAAAAUAUGAGGUUUGGUGAACUAGACAUUCCCAACAUCCUCAGCACUUGCAAGCGCUUGGAGUAUUUGCGUUUAACCCGUUGUGACUCAGGGUUCCAUUCUGUGCUGCAAGUAGAACACGAUCAACUUGUUGAGAUCGAGGUCGACCAAGGGAAGUUUGAGAGAGUUGAGCUGAUAUGUCUACCAAAACUCCAACGGUUGACCUAUGAUAAUUGGUUCUCUUCUGAGGAUCCGUUGUAUUUCGGUUUCGUACCACAGCUUUCAAAGCUGAGCCUUGUUAAAACUGGCAUCCGUUCGGACAAGACUCUCGAGUUAAGUCAGCUCCUUGCUAAUGUUCCUUCCAUAGGCGAUCUGUGUCUGGAUUUUGGAAGUGAAAAGAUUUGGAUUCUACCAGAAUGCCCAAAACUGCUCAAGCCCGUGCUCAACAAACUACAGCAUGUGAAUCUGGAACAUCUUCCUGAAGGAUGUGAUUUAGCUUGGACAAUGUUUAUUCUUGAAGCUGCACCCUCCCUAAAAGAGCUGUGCAUCACAGUGUGGGAUCAUUGGUGCAUAAUGAUAACAAACAAAGAGUUACGGAAGAAAUAUUGUUUCUGCGAGAAGGCAGACGUGAAGUGGAAGCCAUAUGCCCCUGAUUUCAAGCACAAGAAUCUGGCUAAGCUCACCAUCUACGGGUUCCAACCCGACGACAAUUUUAUGCGAUACAUUAGGUGUAUUGUGGAACAUGCGGUUAAUAUAACAGAGAUAUCUCUGUACGACAGGAAGGUGUGUGGGCGCUGUGAUGACUUGGAUCCUGAGAUCAAGGACAAUGUAUGUCCAUCAAGAUAUCCACCUACAGCUGAGGAGCGGAAGCAGAUAACAGAGGGGUUGGGUUUGGCUUCUGUUGCUGUGGUUCACUUCCGGUCCUAA